CUAUGAGUAUUUUAACCCGAUGUUACAGCUUGCGUUUCAGUGGCAGAUUGUUGCAGAUGAGGACAGCUAGGGACACAAAUGCGUGAAAUCAGCGUUUCUCAAUCCCCCCAAUCUGCGUUCUUUCACAUCGUCUUUUUCCUCCCCAGAUUCCCAUCGCUGGCAACUUUGCCUGCUUGUUGAUGCGCUUCCCCUGUAUUGGGUAAUAAGCAUCGUUUCGCUUAAUAUAAUGCGGAGUCGGAUGUAUGGCUGAUAUUUAAUAGUUAACCGAAAAAAGAGCCUCUCUUGACACGGUGCCCCUUUUUAAACGGCUGCCAAAUAGUUUAAAACCAGACAAACGUGUUUUCAUACGUGAGUCACAGUUAGAUGCGAUGUGGUUUCGCUCUUUUCGCUGCUCCCUCCACCCAGAUGACCGAACUGCUGUGGAUUUUGGCCGCAUCUCUGAGCCCGAUCGCGCUUAUUGCUGUUUGAUGCCUAGGAAAUGUAGCUGGCAUCGUAAAAAAGAAAUAGAAUCGCAUGUAAUAGUGAUACGCGCUUACCGUAUUUGUGAUACCGAGUUUCAUUCUUGUCUAAGGCUACGAUUGCCGAACAAUUAGAGAAUAUUUUAAAGCUACAAAAGCCAGAUUUAGUGUUUUUCUUUGUUGGUAUAUGUGCAGCUAGCCGCUAAAUUCACGUGUGCCCUUUAUGCACUUUCUUGCUUAUUCGCUGGGGAAGCAAUUUUUUGUUUUGUGCGUUUCAACGGGGGUGAAAAGGGGGCGACGUCCAAAGCAGCGGUUCCGAUCCCUAUCCUAAAUGGACGGCAUGUUACUGGCGUCCGCCGUGGUGGUGUGGGAAUGGAUGAACGAGCACGGCCGCUGGCGGCCUUACAGCCCGGCCGUAUCUCAGCACAUCGAGGCGGUGAUUCGGAGCGACCCCCGCGGCGGAAGCGUGGUGCUGGGCCAGGUGGACACCCGCCUCUCCCCCUACAUCAUAGACCUGCAGUCCAUGCACCAGUUUCGCCAGGACACGGGUACCCUGAGGCCAGUGCGGCGUAGCUUCUAUGACCCCACCUCAGCUCCAGGGCACGGCUGGCUAUGGGAAUGGGAAAACGACUCGGGCUCCUGGACGGCGUACGACAUGGAUGUGAACAUCGCUAUCCAAGCGGCGCGGGACCGGCAGCAGCCGUGGUUGGAUCUGACGCCCCUCGGCUUCUGCUACCUCAUCGACUUCCAGAGCAUGACCCAGAUCAACCGGCAGACGCAGCGACGGCGGCGCAUCCAGCGACGCUCGGACAUGGCCUACCCGCUGGUGUCCGGACCCCUGCCCCGGGCCUGGGGGGCAGUGGCAGGGGCUGGUGGGGGCACGGUCUCAGCCGGCGGCCUCCUGGGCGUCGGCGUGUCAGGCGUGCGAGGGAAUGGCGGCGCCGGAUACCCCAGUAGGACCCUGCCCCAAUCCUCCCUGGCAUCCUCGCUGGGUCGGGCCUGCACUUGCCCCCAGUGCAUGCUGGUCCUGAGCAUCAAGACUGGGUCCAUGGCUCAGACGCUGGGCCGUCGGCCCUCGCAGAAACCGCCCAGCCCCAAGUCUGCCACAGUGGGGCGCCUCAGCAUGGCCAGCAGCCACGCACACACCUUGCCCAAGCCCCUCCCCCACUCCAAGUCCCCAUGUAAAAGCUCCACUCCGGGCAUGGACACCUCCGGCUCUGCCGCCCAGUCCUCCGCCCGGCCGCCUCCCCCUUCUCUACCCCCUCCCCCGCCACCACCUCCUCCACAGCCAGCCACAUCUGCCCCCGUGGUGCCCACUGCCACCCUCAUCACCACUGCCACCAGCUCCUCCGCCACUUCGGUCCUCAGCGCCCCCGUGCCCACCCGUGCCAGCCUGGCAGGGCUGAGCCGCCCCGCCCUGCAGCGCAUCGCUCUGGCACAGUCCCGGGCCCUCAUCGCGUCCGGGGUGCCCACGGUCCCUGUGAAGAACCUUAAUGGCUCUAGUCCCGUCCAUCCUGCCCUGGCCGGUAUCACAGGUAUCCUGAUGAGUGCCGCCGCACUUCCUGUGUGUCUCACCCGCCCCCCUAAACUGGUGCUGCACCCGCCGCCUGUCAGCAAGAGUGAUAUCAAGCCCAUCCCUGGGCUGGGCCACUGCUGCCGCAAAACCACCAAGAAGCAGGCCCGCAAAGGUAGGACUCCGGAGGAAGUGGUGAAGAAAUAUUUGCAAAAGGUGCGGAACCCCCCUGAGGAGGACUGUACCAUCUGCAUGGAACCCCUGGGGGGCCCCUCUGGGUAUAAAGGCCCCGGCGUGGGAGGGGUGUCACGGGGAGAGUCGGUGGGCCGCCUGGUGCAGUGUGGCCACCAGUACCACCUGCAGUGCCUGGUCGCCAUGUACAGCAAUGGCAACGGAGACGGUAGCCUGCAGUGUCCCACCUGCAAGACCAUCUACGGCGUGAAGACGGGCAACCAGCCGCCCGGCAAGAUGGAGUACCACGUCAUACCCCACUCGCUGCCCGGCCACCCCGACUGCAAGACCAUCCGCAUCAUCUACACCAUCCCUCCUGGCAUCCAGGGUCCGGAGCACCCUAACCCAGGAAAGCCCUUCACAGCCAGAGGGUUUCCUCGACACUGCUACCUCCCUGACAGUGAAAAGGGCCGCAAGGUGCUCCGCCUCUUGCUGGUGGCCUGGGACCGGAGGCUGCUGUUCUCCGUGGGAACCUCCAGCACCACAGGCGAGUCCGACACCGUCAUCUGGAACGAGGUUCACCACAAGACCGAGUUCGGCUCCAACCUGACGGGCCACGGAUACCCCGACCUGGGAUACCUGGACAACGUGCUGGAGGAGCUGAGGGCACAGGGCAUCACAGAGGAAGACAGUCUCAAUGACUGAGGAGAUGCUUAUUGAUCUCAGACUCUGUCGCUCUAUGUUAAUGUCUGAUUGACGUUCUCGGGGGUGGGG